AUGGCACAAAGAACGUCUGGAAAUCUGCCUAGUGACACAGUUCCGAACCCAAGAAACAAUGUUAAUGCAGUGACCACGAGGAGUGGCAAGGUGAGAGAACAAGUACCACCUGAAGCCAAACAGAGUAGAACCACCUUGACUCCAAUUCACCGGGAGGAAAUGGUCACACCAAUAUUGGUUGAAGAGCACAUCGCUAUUGAAAAGGAGGAAGAACUCGUGGUACAAAAAGGGGAACCACUGCCAAAACCAGAAAUUCAACUUCCAUUCCCUCAAAGAUUAAGGAGGGAAGAAAAUGAAAAGCAAUUCGGUAAGUUUCUUGACAUUUUUAAAAAAUUACAGAUUAACAUCCCUUUUGCAGAAGCACUAGAGCAGAUGCCGACAUAUGCUAAGUUCAUGAAGGAUAUUCUAUCGAAAAAAAGAAAAAUCGGCGGUGAAAAAGUUAUGCUUACGGAAGAGUGUAGUGCUAUACUACAAAGGAAGCUGCCACCGAAGCUCAAGGACCCUGGAAGCUUCUCAAUCCCGUGCGCUAUUGGAAAUAGAACUUUUGGGAAGGCUUUGUGCGAUCUUGGGGCUAGUGUAAGUCUUAUGCCCCUUUCAAUAUACAAAAAAUUGGGCAUUGGAAAAGUCAAGGACACACAGCUGAUGUUACAGUUUGCGGACCGCUCGAUGAAACAUCCCUAUGGAGUGGUGGAAGAUGUGUUGGUUAAAGUGGACAAGUUCAUUUUUCCAGUAGAUUUUGUGGUACUAGAUAUGGAGGAAGACAACGACAUUCCUUUGAUUUUGGGGAGACCGUUCUUAGCAACAGGGAGAGCUAUGAUUGAUGUAGCAGAUGGCACCUUAACCUUGAAAGUAAAUGAGGAAACCGUCACUUUUAAAAUUCUAAAAGCC